CUGCCCAGCACCACGUACGGCAACGUCCUGGUCCUGGAUGGGGUGAUCCAGUGCACGGAGCGGGACGAGUUCUCCUACCAGGAAAUGAUCGCCAACCUGCCCCUCUGCAGCCACCCCGACCCCCGCAAGGUGCUGAUCAUCGGCGGCGGCGACGGGGGCGUGCUGCGAGAGGUGGUCAAACACCCGACCGUGGAGUCCGUGGUGCAGUGCGAGAUCGAUGAGGAUGUGAUCCAGGUAUCUAAAAAAUACCUCCCAGGGAUGGCAGUGGGGUAUUCCAGUGCUAAGCUGACCUUGCAUGUGGGAGAUGGUUUUGAGUUCAUGAAACAAAAUCAAGAAGCCUUUGAUGUGAUUAUCACGGAUUCGUCUGACCCCAUGGGUCCUGCAGAAAGUUUGUUCAAAGAAUCUUAUUACCAGCUGAUGAAGACAGCUCUGCGAGAAGAUGGGAUUCUCUGCUGCCAAGGAGAGUGCCAGUGGCUGCACCUGGAUCUCAUUAAGGAGAUGCGUCAGUUCUGCAAGUCUCUGUUCCCGGUUGUGGAAUACGCCUAUUGCACCAUCCCCACGUAUCCCAGCGGGCAGAUUGGCUUCAUGCUCUGCAGCAAGAACCCUAACACAAAUUUCCGGGAGCCCGUGCAGCAGCUCUCGCAGCAGCAGGUAGAGGAGAGGAGUCUGAAAUACUACAACUCUGAAAUUCACCGGGCAGCAUUCAUUCUGCCAGAGUUUGCACGGAAGGCCCUGAGCGAUGUGUGAGGCCAAGGUGCUGCUUCCUUCCUUCAAGCUGGACUCUGAGAUCAUCAGUGAUGUGGCUGGGAUCUUCUCAGCAGACUGCAGAUUUGCUCUCCACUGUGUGGGAUUGUUUAACCCUUGGCCAGCCAACAUUCCCUCUGAUGUGUUAAAGAUGAUGGGGCAUAAGCCAGAUAAGACUAUUGAAAAGGUCCAGUGACUUAUUGCGUGAGGUCAAAACUGUUCUUUCCAGUGCUGGAAAUGUAAGAUGUCUUUUUCCUUUCUCUCCUCCCUGCACCCAUUCUAAAUUCUCCCAACCACACCCCACAUCCCCCCCAACUGACAUGAUGUAUUUAUAACUGACACAUAUUUCUGUCUGGUGGUCUGGGAAGAGUUCAAAGGGUCCCUGACUCAGCCUUAAGCACAGAGAGAGAGAAAGAGAGAGAGAGAGAGCUUUGUGCACAGUUAGCUCACUCUCUCCUCAUGGGAGCUUCCUGCUGCUGACACAUUUUGACUGGUAACAGGUCUGAGCCUUUGUGUCCCACUGCCCUGCUGUGACUCCUGCACUGCCCUGCAGCACAGCUGGAGAAGUCACAGUGCAAACUGUUGCCAUUCACAAUAGGUCUCCCUCCAACCCUGAUGGAGUAGCAGUAUUAAACACCAGCCAGGCAGGCUGGCAGCAGUCUUGUGGCUUCUUUUUUGGUUGUUAAUUUUUAAAAUUGGUCAGAAACAGAAGUGCUGAGGUGCCAACAGGCUGACUCCUGUUCUUACCUCUUGCCCUCAGAGAGGUUCCAAAGAAUGUUUAUCAAUAUGGUGAUAGGUGCUUUAUAUAUAUAUCUAUAUCUGUAGAUACAUAAAUAUAUAUCUAUAGAUAUUUAGAUAUAUAAAAAACAAACCUUAGCUCCAUUGCCUGAUGUUCAGUACUGAUGCUGGGGAGUCAGUUGUGCUGACAAAUCUCUCAUCUCAGUCAUGUUGAGAUGCCUCAGGCCUGGGUAUUUGCAAGUCCUUAGGAGGCAUCAUUAUUUCCAAUGCUGCCCCCAGAUGCAUAAUUUGUUUUUCACUGUACUCUGUAAGAUGGAUCUGCCUUCACUUCUUUACUUCUGUUCUGAAGAUUCCGUGGUGUGGGAAUCGCCCUCCCAGCACAGCCACUGUGCCACUGUCACUCCCUGCACUCAAUUAAACACUCGGCUCUGGUUAAGGUGA